GACGGUAGACCCUAAACCAAAAAAAAACAUAAGAACUUUUGACCUGUUUUAUUCCGGGUUUGUGAAUUUAAUUACAUAAUUACGACAUUUUUUUAAUCAUCAUUACAGUUUUCGUGGCCAUAGAAAAAUAAUCAUAAAUAUCUUGAAUUUUCUCACUUAUCUACUAAUAAAAUUAUGAAUAUUACCCGGAAAGAAGUAUUAAGGUUGUAUAGAAAUUUGUUGAUGUACUCGAAAUCAUUAAAACUCACCGACCCAGAUUAUUUUCGGCGCUCAAUUAAAAUCGAAUUCAAAAAUAACCAAAACUUAACUGAUCUGGAGAAAAUUAGCUUCGCGUAUCAGAAAGGUCAGGCCUUGCUGCAGAGAGGGUCAGUUGUGUGACAUGUUCUUGCUCACUUCAAAAUAUUUUAGAAAUUUCAGUCCACGCUUAGCAGCUGCCUUUAAACAUACAAUAGAUUAUUCCAAAGUACCAAAGAUCAAUGAGUGUGAAUUAUCUGAAAAA